AUGAGAGCCUGGCUUCAAUCCAAUAUAUCAUAUCUAACAGGUACUGCUGAACCUGUCUACGGCGCCGAAGCAAUUCAGCCCGUCACCGCUACUGUACAAGGUGUCAAUCCCUACCAUACCUUGACCGAGGAUGAUAGCCGGUGGUCCACUCCUUCCAAUAGUCAUGUGGAAACCCAAAUCUUUUAUAUCCGUCCUCGUAACAGCAAUCUUAUGUGCUUUGUUCAAUUGAUUCAUUCUAACUUGGGUUCUUGGACUACUACGGCCCAAUCUACAUGUCGGAUAUUUGACUUGGAUAAUCCCGAAAAUGAUUUAUGGACUUCCACGAAUUUGGACCAAUUCAGUUUCGAAAACAACCGUACCUGCUUCAGAGCAGCUAAUAUUUCCAUCGAUCUUGAAGGAGACUCUACCUAUAGAAUUCGUUCAUCCGUAAAUAUGGACUCUAUUAUCGAUAUCGUCGUUCAUCAAGAAAGUCCUCCUUUCAAGAUUGGGGAAACCGGUACUAGUAACUAUGGUACUGACCCCACCAAGCCUUGGGCUAGCAUGAAGCACGUUUUCUGGCCCCGUAUCCGUGUUGAAGGUAACAUUGUAGCCAGAGGAAAUGUUGUUGAUGUCAGCGGUACUGGUUUAUUUAUUCAUGCUUUACAAAACGGAAAGCCUCAGCAUUUGGCUUCCUCUUGGGAAUUUGCUCUCUUACAAAACCCAAGAUACACUGGCGUUAUGAUGCAGUUCAAAACUCCUCCAAGCUACGGAUCUACAAUCGUCAACGUUGGCGGUCUCGUAACCAAGGAUAAAGUCGUGGCCGUAACUGUUGACAAUACGAUUGAACAUGUCGAUGUGAAGACUGAUCCUGAAACAGAAUGGCCCGAGCCUACUCGUAUUGCUUACGACUGGGUGGGUAAGGAUGCUGAAACUUAUCAAAAACCAGUGCAUUUAUCAGUUGAUGCUACCUUGGGCAGACGUUUACAGCGUAUUAAUGUUCUUUCCGAAAUUCCCACCUGGCUUCGCGGUUUUGUUCAUAAUGUGUCUGGUACAAAGCCUUUCAUUUAUCAGUACUUUACCCCAGUUACUUUCAAAUUGAAUAUUGAUGGCGAGGAGAUUGAAGAAGAAGCUACCCUGUUUAAUGAAACCACAUUUAUUUCCUAA